UGACUCGUCGAACUCCUUUCGCCAUCAAGGCAGCAAUGGUUCGAUCGUCGCCUGUCCCCGCUCAACCUCUCCUCCGCGUCAGCAGCGCAGCCUAACUCGGAGCUGAUUUCCUCGCGCUGCCCAUGACGAUGGUGGCCAUGGCCACGCGGCGUCGUCUUGCCCUUUCCUACUACCUCGCCGCUGCUCUCCUACUCCUCGUCAUCGCGUUCCGCAACGCCCCGCUCACCGCCGCGCAGCCGCUGCCAUGGCAGCUCUGCGGCAACAACACCGGGAACUACACGGAGGGCAGCGCCUACCAGGCCAACAUACGCGUCCUCGCCAGCGUCUUCCCCAAGAACGCAUCCGCGUCCCCGGUCCUCUUCACAAAGGGCUCCGCCGGCACGGCGCCGGACGUCGUGUACGCGCUCGCGCUCUGCCGCGGCGACACCAACGCCUCCUCCUGCGCGGCCUGCGUCGCCGCCGCCUUCCGGAACGCCCAGCAGCUCUGCGCCUUCAACAGGGUCGCUACCAUGUUCGACAACCCCUGCAUCCUCCGCUACUCCGACCAGGACUUCCUGGCUAACGUCACAGAUAACCGGGGGACGCGCGUCGCGUUGAACGGCAACAACGUCAGCGCGGGGUUGGCGCCGGCGUUCGACGCCGCAUCUAGCAGGCUCGUCAACGCCACCGCCGACUACGCGGCGAAAGACCCGAGCCGGCGGUUCGGCACGGGGGAGGAGGGGUUCGACGAGACCUACCCCAAGAUUUACUCGCUGGCGCAGUGCACGCCGGACAUGACGGCGGCCGACUGCCAGAGCUGCCUCAGGCGCAUCAUUGGCUGGGCCACUCCCAAGUAUUUCGUCAGCCAGCCGGGCGGGAGAGUCUUCGGCGUGCGCUGCAACUUCCGGUUCGAGACCUACUCUUUCUUCUCUGGCCGCCCGUUGCUGCAACUCCCGGCGGCGACCGCAGAAGGAAGAACAAGACACAGGACAGGGUUGAUCUUGGCCAUUACACUGCCUAUAGCUGCUGCACUACUACUUCUCGUUGUCACGUGCGUUUGCUUUUGGAGGAGGAGAAAACAGGCAGAAAGAAAGCCGUUGGUACCAUGUUCAACUAACCAAGAUGACAUCCAGAGCAUCGAUUCUCUUCUUCUUGACCUGUCGACGCUGCGGGCAGCAACCGAUAACUUUGCUGAAAGCAACAAACUCGGCGAAGGGGGGUUCGGUUCUGUUUACAAGGGUGUUCUUUCGGAAGGUCAAGAAAUAGCGGUGAAGCGGAUGUCGCAGACCUCGACGCAAGGAAUAGAAGAGCUGAAAACGGAGCUGGUUCUAGUCGCCAAACUUCAGCACAAGAAUCUCGUCAGGAUCGUUGGUGUUUGCCUAGAAGGACAGGAGAAGCUACUCGUGUACGAAUACAUGCCUAACCGGAGUCUCGACACCGUUCUCUUCGAUUCUGAGAAAAGCAGAGACCUGGACUGGGGGAAGAGGCUGAAGAUCGUGAACGGGGUUGCUCGAGGCCUGCAGUACCUCCACGAAGACUCCCAGCUGAGGAUCGUCCACCGGGACCUCAAAGCCAGCAACGUGCUGCUGGACUCGGACUGCAAUGCCAAGAUUUCAGACUUCGGGCUGGCGAAGCUGUUCGGCUGGGACCAGUCGCAGGCCGUCACCAGCCACAUCGCCGGAACAUACGGAUACAUGGCGCCGGAGUACGCGAUGCGCGGGCAGUAUUCAGUCAAGUCGGACGCCUUCAGUUUCGGCGUCCUGCUCUUGGAGAUCGUCACGGGGAGGAAGAACAGCAGCUUCGCCGACUCGGAACAAUCCAUCGACCUCUUGAGCCUCGUGUGGGAGCACUGGACCACAGGGACAGUGGAGGAGCUGGCGGAUCCGUCCCUGGGCAUGGGCAGCCGGUCUCCGGGGGGGCAGAUGCUGAAGCUGGUCCACAUCGGGCUUCUGUGCGUGCAGGACAACCCGGCGGAUAGGCCGACGAUGUCGACGGUGAACGUCAUGCUCAGCAGCAACACGGUGUCGCUGCAGGCGCCGUCCAGGCCAACGUUCUGCGUCGGCGAGAUGGAGGGUUACUCGGACGUGUACACGGAACAGCCGUAUCCAGGGGCAUCCCACUCCCAAUACGCCGGGGACAGCAAGCCGACGGCGAUGUCACCCAACGAAGUGUCGAUCACGGAGCUCGAACCAAGAUGAUGAGGGCGCUGAAACCAAACUUGCAAUGUCGAUCGCCUACCCUUGUCUGUUAUGCUAAAUCUUAUGGAUCAUAUUCUAACUGGGCAAAAUCUACGUAGAAAGUUGUAGAACCCUAAUAUUUGUUUUGUUUCGUUGUUUAUUUCGGUAACCCUCAUGGGGUAUAUAUAGAAGUACAGGAGGGAGCAGACUUGGAGUACAA